AUGAAGACAGAAUCUGAGACCAAGAAAUCUGAGGCUCCUGCUGGCAUCAAAAAGCUAGAUGUAACCAAAGUGGCCAAGGAGGAUGCCAAGGUCCAGCAGAAGGAGGCUCCAGUGAUUGACAGAAGUCUCAAGAACAAGGAACAGUCCGUGGCCCACCCCACUGCUCCUGUCCCUCAGACCGAAGCAGGAAUCAUGAAGCCCAGCCAAGUGAAGGCCACAGGUUCCAUUCCUGCCAGUAACCAACAGAAACCUCAGGAGAAGCCACAAGACAAGUCAUCUGCUCCCGCUCCUCCUAAACCCAAACUGGUCAAUGAUUUCCCCAUCAUCCAGACCCCGCCUCCCGUCGCUCCCACGGCCCAGCGACGUGCUCCGGAACCAGAGCGCCGCCCAGCUCCAGCUCGCGUUCAGCAGGUGAAGCAGCCAGAGGAAUCAAAACCCACAUUUACAGGAACAGCAGAUUUGGAAAGCAUGGACUUUGUGCGACGUCCAACUCGCCCUCCACCGCAGCAGAACGUGACUCCUUCCAUCACGGUCAUCCCUUCCACUCCUAAGCCUUCAGACGUGCCCGUGCCCCCUUCUCCCACUCACGACAUCAUUGUCAAGAAGGCCAGCGCCAACACGCCACCCACCUCUCAGCCAAAGGAGACUCCUAAGCCAGCUGAACCCAGUGCUUCAAAACCACAGCCACCCAAGGCCAAGCCAGAGGAACCUAAGCCAAAGCCUGCAGAACCCAAGGCCAAGCCAGAGGAACCUAAGCCAAAGCCUGCGGAACCCAAGGCCAAGCCAGAGGAACCCAAGCCAAAGCCUGCGGAACCCAAGGAGAAGCCCAAGGAGAAGGCGGCAGCCCCAAAGGCGCCUGCAGAAAAGAGCCAGGAGCAGAAGCCCUCCACUCCACCGGCCGCUGCCUUCCAGAACAACUCCUCCAGCUCUGCGAAUGAGCCCCUCAUCAAAGCAGAGCCCAAGAAGGGUGGAUGGCUGUAGGUGACAGGCGUCGUGAGGAAUAGUUUUGAUGGUAGCAGCGUAGAGACGUAGGCUUUGGAAGAGUAACGCUCAGGCGGCUAGGAGUGAACACCAAAUGAAGGGCUGGACAAUAAAGAGCGAACGAGACGAACCACGUUAUGGUUCGGUAACGCCGCGAGAGAGGUUCGUUGUUUUGUUAAGGGCAGAAAUAAGAGAAAAAGAAAGGUAAAAGGUCAAAAAAUACUGUUAAUCUUAUAAAUAGGAAUCCAUAAUCACUUAAUGAAAUGUAACCAUAUAACAAAACAAAUGACCUACUUUCAGGUUCCAUCCAGUCAGGCAGUAUAUACUAUUUUGGUAAUUCCUCGAAAUUAAUACUGUCCCUAUUGUGUUGGGAGGAAUGUCCGAGGCACCAUCAUCACUACCGUAUACCAUGCAGCCACUCACUGCUUCAAACCAAGUUCGCAACACACACAUCGCUGGCAUAAUUUUGCAAUUACUCAGAUGGCCGUCACUACACAGAUGCCCGUCAUAAUCAGCUAGGGCGGUUAAAUGUGCACAUGAAUAAAUUGUGUGAUGGCCUUGCGAUGAGCGGACCUGCAGUGACAGUCUACAACAUCAUCAUGCCAGACACACCCGCGGCACCCGUCAAGGUGAAAGAGCGAUGCGGUGUGGCGAGGGUGUCCUUGGCUAUAUAGUGCCACGGACUAGGAAGUAAACAUCUAACAUCUGGAGCGUUGUCGUAAAGGUAUCGGAGAGGUAAUAUCUAAGGUCUACGAACGUCAUGUUGACAACGACUAAUCACCAGCUAUGUAACACUUACAUCAUUGUAGUAAUUUAUGUUUAUUUACUUAUAUCAAAGGUCAUUUUAAACUAUUUGUGAUCUUUGUAACAUAACCAGUUUCUGUUGUUUGUUCAUUUUGAAUUUUGAAAGUUUGUUACGUUUGACAUGCUGAAAUUUCCUUUAGUUUAAACAUGCAUAUUGAAUUAUUCCCAUUAUGAUAAAUGAUUUAGUAAUCUGGGAAAAGUGGCGUGACCCGCGCCUCACUGCUCUAGACGGAGCUCACCUAAAUUCAUCACACAAACACCUGAGCAUCAGUUUGGCUAAAGGUUUCCACACGCCGCCACCGCCAGGAGUGCUGAUUCACCUCCACACCAGGCAUUCUUUACAUUGAAAGGGUUACGCCAUCAAUAUUGUGUGAGUUUAGAAAUUAUAUAAAAAUAAUAAAACAGUUCUUAUAACAGUAACACAUCA